GUUUCCAAUUAAUUUAAUUUGAUUUUCAGAGUGUUUUGAGAAUAUUUAUUUUAUAUCCCAACCUUACAGAAGAUAUACAUAUUAAGUAAAAUUGAUGAUUAAAGAACUGCUAUACAUUAUAUCAGUCACAUGCAGUAAAAUUAAUUAACGCCGAGUGUUUUAUAAGUUGCUAAGCAGAAGCGUCCAACGUUUUGAUCACGUGAUAAAAAUGGCGAUGUUUACAACAGUGAAUUCCCAAAAGUCCUAGACACGAUAUUUCAAUAUGUAAUCAUUGGUUCUGAAGAGUGAACAUAUAACUAUGCCAAGUAUUAAACAAAGUGGAUCUCUAAGUUCUUUGGCAGACAGACAAGAUGUGUCAUUAUCUAGUCUGACCAGCUAUGCCAGGAAGUUGGACACUGUUGCUGGUCAAGCCAAUCGUCGUGUUGACAACAAACAUGUUGAAUUCACUGAGAGUGACAGACCAAAAAGUGCCAGUUCACCAAAGAAAAAACGGAAAAAGAAAAACCCUAUUAUUGUAAAUUUAAGUGGAACCAGAUAUGAAGUCAUUCGUCAGAUGGCAGAGAAACUUGGUUUUACACCUUCAAAAGAUGAUGAUCCCAACGGAUACUUAAUAUGGAAUGACUCAUUUGUAUCAGCUGAAAGAAUCAAUGAAUUAAAACCAUUUCAAAGAAUCAAUCAUUUUCCUGGAAUGGGUGAAAUAACCAGAAAAGAUUGCUUAGCUCGUAAUAUGUUAAAGGUGUCUAAAGAAUUUCCUGAGGAAUAUGGCUUUAUUCCAAAGUCUUGGAUCCUGCCUUCAGAUUAUAGUCAAUUGGUUAAUUAUUCUAAAGACCUGAAAAGUAAAAAGAAGUCUAAAACAUUUAUCAUCAAACCUUCCAAUGGUGCACAAGGGCAUGGAAUUCAGCUAUUUAAAAAUGCUGAGAAGAUUCCAGCAACAGAACAUUUUAUUGUACAAGAAUAUAUAGAAAAACCCUUCCUGUUAGAUGGUUAUAAAUUUGAUUUACGUAUAUAUGUUCUGAUAACAUCGUGUGAUCCAUUACGUGUGUUCUUAUUCAAUGAUGGACUGGUUAGAAUGAGUACAGAAAAGUACCAAAACCCAGCGGAAUCUAACAUUAACCAUAUGUAUAUGCAUCUUACAAAUUAUUCUGUGAACAAACAUAAUGAAUACUACGAGAAAGGAGAAUCAGUGGAUUCAGGAAGUAAACGGUCUAUUGCAUUUCUUAACGAAUAUCUACGUAACAAGGACAGAGAUGUGGCAUUAAUGUGGAGAAACAUCUCAGACAUGAUAGUGAAAACAUUGCUGGUAUCGAUGCCACAUUUAUUACAUGCCUAUAGAAUGUGUCGGCCAUGUGCCCCAUCAGGGAGUGAUAGUGUAUGUUUUGAGGUGCUAGGAUUUGAUGUUUUAUUGGAUAGGAAUUUAAAACCAUGGCUGUUAGAAAUUAACAGAUCACCCAGUUUUGGAACUGAUGAAAAGAUUGACUGGGAUAUAAAAUCUGCAUUGAUAGAAAAUACCAUUAAACUGCUUAAUAUCAAGGUUAGUGACAAAAGAAGGAAUAUAAAUGCUCAGAAACAGGAAGCACAGAAACGUUUGUAUCGUACAGGUAAACGACCAGAUGCCCCAGACGUGUCAGAAUAUGAGAAACGAAGGAUCCACUUUGAAAAAAGGAAAGAAGAACUGAAAGAGUUGCUAGCCAGGAUAAAGAAGCAAAGUUUGAGAGAAGAUUAUGACAACAGGAAUAUGGGAAAAUUCCGUAGAAUAUUUCCAACAGAAGACAAGGCUCGGCAGGAGAAAUAUGUCAGAUUAAUGUCUUCUAUCUUCAACAUCUUCAUGUCAGGGAGAGCACCUGCUAUGCAGAAAGAAAUCCAGAGAAUUUACAAAAAUCCACUCAGGGAAGAAGAUGUUCUGGAUAUGUUACAUGAAUGUGAAGAAUAUGAAAAAGAUGGGAAGUAUGCAGGAGGAGGCAAGGGUGCUGCUAGAGGUCCUAAGCCUUUACAAAGUAUGCCAGUCUGUCAGCCAAGUCCUAUUGAUGACUCAGAGGAAGACGAUGAUGAAAUGACUGAAGGUUCACCAAUGUCAACACCUAUGACUAGAAGACGAUCUGCCAAGUCCAGACCAGGGUCAAUGGUUAGAGAACAGAGCGAAUGGAGUGAGGGAGCAUCAAGUACAUACAACUCUCGUCCCAACUCUGGUGUCAGGUCAAGGCCACCCAGCAAUAUGUCAAUGUCAAAUCAAUCAAAUCAAAGGUCAAGAUCAUUAUCAAGAAUGGUGACAAGUGGGAAAUACACAUCAUUACAGAGAUCUACAGUGGAUGAUGGAUUUUUGACAAGCGUAGUGAAAGAAAGGGAAGAUGAAUUGUCUAAGAAAACAUUGAUAGCCUUGAAUGACAUGAGGAUCAAGUUUCCAGGAAAGUCUGAUGAGGAGGCAGAAAUGAUUCUCGACAAGCUCCAUGAAAGUUGGAAAUUUCACAAACCAAGGAUUGCUUCGUAUUGGCUAGUGAAACUAGAUUCUAUAAAACGGAGAAAGGUGAUAGACAUUGUGAGAUCUAACGUAAGAGCCGUGUUACAGAGAACCUGGAGAGUGAGUGAUGUGGAUAAUCUCAGAAUUUAUAGAAUAUUUAGUCGUGUAUUCAGUCGUCUACUGUGGAGUCAUGGACAGGGGCUCUGGAACUGCUUCUCUUCUUCCAAUGGACCAGCUGGUUGGGAAACUAUUUUCAGCAAGAGCACAGAAAAUAUAAGUGAGUCAGAUAUGAACUGUUGUCGUAGAAUCGUUCAGCUGUGCAGGGAUUGUCUUCUAAUUGUUUAUCAGUUUGCUGCUGAGGCUAAGAAUACAUCACAGAGUACCACUAGUCAUUCAGACACUGAACCAUCAGGACUAGGUAGAGAGAAACCAAUAUCAUUAGUCCCUCCUAACACCCAGACAAUGAGCCAGCGCUACUCAAAACUUUAUCGUGGAGAAGCAUCAUGACGAAAAGACAGGUAGCUGACUCAGUGCAAUGUUAUUCUUGGAACCAGUUUGAUCAUUUCAGAUUAUUAAGUUUUUGUUAUCAAUCAUAUUAAAACAGCUGCUUUUUAACGCUAUAGAAUUUUUAAUCAUUGCUUUAUUAUCAACUUUUAUUGUGUGAAUAAUCUGAACUUUAACUUGUAUUUUUUAAAAUUCAGUUUCAACAUUUUACGCAGCUGCAUGACCAAGGUAACUUCCCUUGUUUUUUAAAUUCUCAGGACAAUGUUGAUACAUGUAUUACCUGUAGAAAAAUGUUAUUUGUGUAUGACAUAUACAUUAGACAGUUAAAUUGAGGUUUCAGAGGCUGACAUGAUUAAAGCAACAUCAAAACACAUCACACAUUUUGAGACUUUUCUGUAGGGUUUAUUAUUUAUUAUGACUAUAAGCAGCUUGACUGCUCUGAUGGAUAAAGGACCAUUCUGAAGUCUUGACCACUCUGACAGAAAGGGGGCCAUUCUGAAGUCUUGACUGCUCUGACAGAUAGAGGACCAUUCAAAAAUCUUGACCGCUCUAACAAAUAUGGGACCAUUCUGAAGUCUUGACUGCUCUGACAGAUAAAGGACCAUUCAGAAAUCUUGACCACUAUGACAAAUAUAGGGCAAUUCUGAAGUAUUUACUGCUCUGACAGAAAGGGGACCAUUC